CGCCGCCUCCCCCCCGCCCAGCGAUGUAUUCAGCGCCCUCCGCCUGCACUUGCCUGUGUUUACACUUCCUGCUGCUGUGCUUCCAGGUACAGGUGCUGGUGGCCGAGGAGAACGUGGACUUCCGCAUCCACGUGGAGAACCAGACGCGGGCCCGGGACGACGUGAGCCGUAAGCAGCUGCGGCUGUACCAGCUCUACAGCAGGACGAGCGGCAAGCACAUCCAGGUGCUGGGCCGCAGGAUCAGCGCGCGCGGCGAGGACGGCGACAAGUAUGCCCAGCUCCUAGUGGAGACGGACACCUUCGGUAGCCAAGUGCGGAUCAAGGGCAAGGAGACCGAGUUCUACCUGUGCAUGAACCGGAAAGGCAAGCUCGUGGGGAAGCCUGAUGGCACCAGCAAGGAGUGUGUGUUCAUCGAGAAGGUUCUGGAGAACAACUACACGGCUCUGAUGUCGGCCAAGUACUCUGGCUGGUAUGUGGGCUUCACAAAGAAGGGGAGGCCUCGAAAGGGCCCCAAGACCCGGGAGAACCAGCAGGAUGUGCACUUCAUGAAGCGCUACCCCAAGGGGCAGGCAGAGCUGCAGAAGCCCUUCAAGUACACGACGGUGACCAAGCGAUCUCGGAGGAUCCGCCCCACGCACCCUGGCUAGGCCGAGGCCCCCGGACCCACUCACACUCCCCGAGAAUGGCAUCAGAGGAAUAUUUUUACACGAAAAAUAAGGAAGAAGCUCUAUUUUUGUACAUUUGUGUUUAAAAGAAGACAAAAAAAAAAAAAAAAAAACUGAACCAAAACUCUUGGGGGGGAGGGGCGAUGGGAUUUUACUGUUGACUUGAAACCCCGAUGACAAGACUCAUGCAGAGGACUGCUGUCAGCCCACGGGUGCCUGCCCCUCUCGCUGCAGGAGUGCAGCUCUAACUUGUCCCCAGAGGACUCAACGAGGGAGCCGACACUCCGAGAAACCAAAGUUCUUUUUCCCAAAGGUUCUGAAAGCAAAGAAAGAAGGAAAAGAAUAAAGAAAAAAAAAAAAAAAGAAAGUAGGGCCCCUUCCCACAACGUCCCCAU